AUGACUUGGUCGGUAGCUCUCGCGCACGCGAGCGGGGUGGACAUUGGUGGCGCCGUCGUGGCGGAAAAAGAGCAGGUACCGACCAGUGUCCCGGAGCCAGAAACAAACUCGGAUUCUAGUGUGAAGUCGGCAGAGCCGAAGUCGGCAGAGCCGAAGUCGGCAGAACCCAAGUCGGCGUCUGAUGCCGAAACUGAGUCGAUGUUGACUGGCUUGGCUCGGGCAAUUAUAGAGAGUGCUACGGAUAACAAGGAUGCGAGCUCGGUGGUGACUUCAAUGCUGGACGGGGCGCGUACGAGUCGCUUACCUGUCAUCGCUGCUAACAGAAAGAAGUAUGUGCCAUUCCUGGCGGGCCUUCUGGACAUCCAGUUUGUUCUGCAGAACGUGGUCGGCGCCAUGUCGAUGGAUCGAAGGAUGCAUGCGACUUACCAACACGAUGGGGAUGUGGUUGACGAGGGAGUUGAGGAUGAUGAGGAGUAG